GGAAUUUUUAUUUAAGCGAUUUCGGGUUGACCAUGGGCGAGGAAUGGUUCAAGAAAUGUCGGCCUUUAGAUUAUUACGAUCAGUUUAUUCAAGAAGGUAUCUACCCGGAUGGCCGCUCGAUCUCUUCAUUUACUCCAUUGUCAUUCAAGCUUGGAUCCUGGGGAGGAGUUGGAUCGGCCUUGAUUCGGCAAGGUGGAGUUGCUGUAUCAUGUAGUGUCCACGCUUCACUAGCUCUCCCCCAUGAUGGACCUCUUAUGACAUCCGAAAUCGAAGCAUGUUCAUCUAUUUCACAGAUGGAGAUUAACGAUGUAACAGAUCUGCUGAAUCGAUUAUUUGAAAAUGAAGCGCUUUUUCCACGUAAAACUCUGAUCAUAAAAGGAACAGAAGAAACUAUUCCAAUGACCUGGGAGCUCACAUUUCGGAUACAGAUCUUGAAUUCCGAUGGUUGUGUCCCAGAUGCAGUCGUAUGCGCGACUUCCGCUGCUUUAUCAAAUGUCCGAUUACCAGCGGUCAAACUGAUUCAUGCUAAAGACGAUGAGUCUCCUAUACAGAGGGAGGAAAUCACUGUUUUGGAAGAGAAAGCACCGCUGGAUUUAGCAAGCUUUCCCGUUGCUGUAACAUUCUAUGUCUUUCGGAGUGCAAAACAGGAUAAAAUUAUCGUCGAUCCUCCACAAGAACUUGUAGAACAAUGUGCUGCGCGUGUCUCGAUGGUGACUGAUGGCGAGAAUGUGCUGUUUUUACGCACUCGUGGAGUAAUAAAGGACGAACAAUUCAUGUCUACCAUGGUUUCCAUGGCGGAACGACGGCAUAAAAGUAUAGUAGAUGUUAUCCGUGACAAAAAUUAA